AUGUUGACACAAAGCUCUAUUCCUGAAGUUAAGGAAGAACAGAUAGGUUUUGCCAUAAAUGAACGGAAAACGAAACUUUCUCAAUUCUUAGAUUUGGGCCCUCCGGACCUUAUUACAUUAGUCAAAUAUAUUGCAUCUACUAGUGGAUCUACACCUGCCAAGAUAUCUGAAAAACUAGGAGAUUCCGCUUCAAUUGCAAAUGUGGAUCCUGCAACUAUACUGACAGAAUUACAUUCUCAUGAUAAAUUGAAAGGUGAAAUUGGUACCUAUUUUUACUCACUAGGGACAGAUACCUCCGACCCUACAUCAAUUACAAUAUUUUUAAAGAAAAUUGCUGAUUUGAUUACUGAAGAACCUCAAGUAUGGUUUGGUAAAAGAAAGCCAUUCCAAGUUGCAAGAGUAUCCAUGUCAACAUGGAACACUUUUAGAAAAUGUGAUAUGAAUAUUAUUGUUCAUAUGCCGGGUACAGUGCAGAUGUUUAUCCUGGACGCUAAUGAUGACCAAAUAAAUAUUGAACCAAGUUCAGAAGAAAGUAAAAUCAUUUGGGCGGAAACGUUUGUUAGUGGUGUAGUAAGAUCUAUGAUGCUGAUGAAGGAUAAUUACGAAGAUGGUGAAGUUCAAAACUUAGUGGAGACAUUAAUUGUCAAUCCAUUAACUUCAGGAGAACUUGAUGCGGUAGCAGAUACAUUUAUCGAUUUAUUUCCCAUGGUGUACGAAAAGGGUGAAUUGUUAGGUUCUCCUUGUGAUGUUAUUAAUACUUCAAGAACUAAUAAUUAUCUGGCGGAAACCUUAAUUGAGAUUGUGAAAUUGACCCAUUCAGUUGAUCAGUGUCGUGAAAUGUUAGAAAAGCUAAUGAAGACUUACCCAGAGGUGGUCAUUCUAUUGACCCGUGUUUUGUUUGCUAGCGAUAUGGAAGUCGAUGCUAUCGAAUUAAUUUGUGACCAAUUAGAAAAAAUUGAAGAGAGUGAAAGUAUGGGCAGUAACGAGGAUAGUGAUCCUUCGGUACCUUUGCAGUUGGAUUAUAAAUCUGAAUUACUUUGCGUUCAAGCGGAAUUUUUAAUAAAUGUGAAACAUGAUUAUGUCUUGGCACAACAUGUGGCCCAAAGUGCUGUCAGUUGUACUCCAAGCGAAUUUAGACCAUGGUUUUUAUUAACAAGGGCAUAUAUUAGACUAAAUGAUGUUGAAAAUGCCUUAUAUACACUUAAUGCCUGUCCAAUGGCAAUAUCAAAGGAGAAAUAUUCUUUAAAGAGAGUGGUCCCAUUCCCAACUAAAAUGUCAUUACAUUUACCACUUCCAGUUGAUGUAGUAUUAGAUGGUGUCACAUCGCUGAACCCUCAGGAUAUACAAAGAGAACAUAAGACAGCCGAUCUCGCGUUGGUUAACCUUGCUUCAACGAAUUUAAAAUCUACUUAUUUACUCUGUUACAAAUUAUUAACUGAAAUUGUGGCCAUUACUGGUUGGGAUGAUUUAUUAAAAUUUAGGGCUCAAAUUUUUAUUAUGGAAAAUGAUUACCAAAGGGUAGCAUCUGAAGAAACCGCAUAUUCUUCAACAAAUGCAAAUACAGCGGCAUCUUUGAACAAUAUACCUGUAGAUACAAAUGAGGGUUCACUUUCUCCUGAAUCUGAAAGUGCGGGAAAUUCAAAUCAACCAAACAAUGAAUCUACUAAUACGCAAAACGGCAAUUCUAAUCAUAUGGAUAGUAGCCAUACAAUCACGUCCAGUGCAUCUUCAAUAAUACGUUCAAAACGUCUUUGUGAAAGAUGGUUGGAUAACCUAAUUAUGUUACUAUAUGAAGAUUUUAAAGUGUAUACCUUAUGGCAAACUGAACAUAUGCAACACGAAGCACAGAAUACGGAUUAUAGAAAGCUUACGUUUGAAUGGGAAUUGUUUGGUUUAUGUGCACGUAGAUUGGGACACUACCCUGAGGCAGCCAAAGCAUUCCAAACUGCAUUAUCCCAAAGAUUUUCAGCUCAAUCUGCAAGAAAAUUAUUAGAGUAUUGUGUUAAAGAACGUCAACGUACAAGACAAAUGGCUAACGUACCUAACUCUAAUAUGACCUCUAAUCAAAUCAUGGCACGUAUUAAUGAGUUAGACAUGACCAUUAUUGAUUUAUGUGUGAAAGUUUGUUGUUGGAAUCAUCGUUGGUAUAUUGAAUUUUCUACGCAACUGUUGAUGGCCAUAGGUUUGGUUGUCCAAGAUAUUGGGCUAACCAAGGUUUCUAACGAGAUAUCAGCUAGAUACCCAAAGUCUGUAUUCGAGUUGGUAAAGGACAAUAUAUUGAUAUUCUUAGAUGAAUAUGCAAAUGACUAUUUUGACAGUUAA